AUGCGUGAGCGAGACCAGCUGUAUGGGCAUGGUGUUAAAGUUUCUCAAUCGAAGUUGCGCCGCCUGCGGGCGAAACGUGUCAGGUAUCGUUUGUGGUCCACGGCUCGGGGGCCAGAUCCGUCGUGCCUUGUUCGCGCGGGCAUUUUCGCGCCCAGAUAUUAUCGGAAUUUCUGCUCGGACGAUUCUGAGGAAGAGGAGUGGGUUGAGGACACUUGUGGAACACAGACUGAUAUGGAUGCUGUUGAAUUGGCUGGCAACUCUUUGUGUUCGCAGUGUUCCGAUUGUGGGACUCAGACAGAUCCCUGUGUUCACAUUGAGUGUGGGACUCAGACUGAUCUUUGUGUUCUCUUUGUUGGUGAGGAGGAGAAGGAGGAGUGUCAUCGAGUGCGCGCAGAUCAGGGUGAUGCUUCUGCAGUUGGGAGUUCCUGUGCAGUCGGGAGUUCCACUGUUCGGAGUGCAGUAGGAAGUUCCACAGUUCGGAGUUCCGCUGAUGCAGUUGUUGAUGCAGUUGGGAGUUCAACAGCUGGGAGUUCUGCAGUUGGGAGUACCUCGGCUUGGAGUUCAGCUGAUGCUGUGGCAUCGAACCCUGGCUGCAAGGACGAGGAGGAGGAUAAUGUUCAUAGUGAAACAGUUGCUAAGCACUCUCACGCGUGGAAGAGAUAUUGUUUCAAACGAGCGGAGGCUAUCGAGAGUACAAAGUUGCACACUUCAGAAUUGCAUACGACCAACGGGAGUGCGGUGGAGAGUACCGUAGUUUUGAGUGCAGUUGAUGCAGUCGGGAGUUCCAGUGCAGUCGGGAGUUCAACACUUGGGAGUGCAGUAGGAAGUUCCACUGUUCGGAGUUCCGCUGAUGCAGUUGAGGAUGCAGUUGGGAGUUCAACAGCUGGGAGUUCUGCAGUUGGGAGUUCAGCUGAUGCAGUAGGGAGUUCCAUGAAUGGGAGUUCUGCAGAUCGACCGAGUGAGACACGCUCUGAGUGCCAAGCUGCCAGGGACUGGGCCCUUGCCGGUGUCGAUGUAAGGGCUCUUUGGCUUGAGCUACACCGACUCCCGACACAGGAGUUUCAGCGUAGGACUGAGGCUCUUAAUGCAUACAGGCUGCAAUUGGGAAUUGAAAGUUCCGAGGAGGAUGAUUCGCAACAAGGGGGUCCUCAGAGUUCUACUUCCAGGAGUGCAUUGACGCGGAGCGGCAAGAAGCAUCGGAAACGGCACAGAUGA